UUUAACAUAUAUGUAAUUUUAGCAUACACUUGAGUAACCUAUUUUUUUUUUACAAACAAAUAUUAACUACCGUCAAGGAUUGUGAAAGUGUAUAAUUGUGGAAAUGGAGAUAUUUCAAUUAAUUCUAAUACUGCAGUUAUUCCUCGUCACAGUUAUAAAAGGACAAUGUUUUGGAAAUGGCACCUGUGUCUGUCAUUGUGUAGACUGCAGUGAGAAGUGUACGACUUGUUUGCCUGGUUGGGGUGGAUCCAAAGACUACAAUUGUCAAAGGCGAAACGUGUUAUAUCGGGCAGCAGCAGGAGAUGAUAAAGACGAUAAAAAUAAAUUACUAGAUGAAGAUUUUUCAACUUCUUUGGAGAAUAAGGACUAUAAGCCAUUUUUGAGAGUCCAACUAAAUAAGUCAAUAACAAUAGACAAACUAGACAUCACCCUUCUUCUCGAGCGGGGUGUAAAUUAUACAGUUUACAUCAAAGACAUGGCGUAUGUUAGGACCAUGAAUGUGAUAUGCAACAAGUUGGACCAGAGCAACAACACCGGGAAGAGAACUGUGUCAAUAACCUGUUAUAAGCCGCUCUCUGGAAAAUAUCUUGAAAUUGUUUCUUCAGAGAAAACACGUGUAAAAAUAUUUGAAAUUCGAUAUUUUGUACUGGUCAUGUUCAGUUCUAAUUUCCUUUCCUUUCAUCAGAAUGCACCAACGGAACUUUCGGUGAAAAUUGCAGCAGUGCUUGUGCGACCGGUUCUGGAAUUGACUGUAAUAUUAAUGCAGUGGAUUGUGUUUCUCAAAAAGGUUUUUUCGGUAAAUUUUGCAACCAGACCUGCUCUGAAUCGUGCGAUGAAAGUGGAUGUAAUCUUCUCACAGGCAAAUGCUUAAGUUGCAAGAAUGGAUAUUUUGGACCUCUGUGUGAGAAAAACUGCUCAUUUGGUUGUCAGAGAUCUUGUGGUAAGGUAUCUGGAAACUGUACAUGCAAACCAGGCUUCUUCACAUCAAACUGUUCUAAACAAUGUCCAAUUAAUUGUAAUAGGAAGGUAUGUAAACAAAGUGAGGAAAACUGUUUGGUUUGCAAAGAUGGAUAUUACGGUGAUUUCUGUGAACAUACAUGCAUUGGAAACUGCGAACAAGGAUGUGUAAGAUCUACAGGUAUAUGUGGUUCAUGCACAAAAGGUUUUUACAGUCAUUUCUGUAAUACUUUAUGUUCUGAAAAUUGCAUGGGAGACACCUGCUCUCGAGACGGUUCCUGUUAUCAGUGUAAACCAGGAUACAAAGGGGAACAAUGCUAUGAAAACUGUCCAGAACAUUGUACGCAAUGCAAGCAAUAUGAAUACGGAUGUUCUCAAUGUGAAAAUGGGUGGUUCGGCGUAAGAUGUGCAGAGAAGUGCCCUGCUGAAUGUGGAGGAAAUGGUUCGUGUGAAAUGAAAUCGGCUAAAUGUCAUGUUUGUGCAGUAGGAUAUUUUGGCAGUCAGUGUGAUCAGAAAUGCAGUCCAUAUUGUGAUUUAAAUGCGGUAUGUGACAUUGACACUGGGGUCUGUGAGCGUUGUAUUGCUGGAAGACAUGGUAGUCAUUGUGAAAGUCAAUGUAGCCAGAACUGUUUAAACUUUACAUGUCUAAGUAAUCAAACAUGCAGUCAAGGGUGUAAGGAUGGUUGGUUUGGCGAUAGAUGUAAUCAGGAAUGUAAUGCAGCUAUCUCAAAUUGUGCACAAUGCUCCUUUAUGGACAGUGAUACUCCAGUAUGUCACAAAUGUGCAGGUUCACGGUUUCUUAAAGGAUCGCAAUGCGUGAAGUGUCCAGAAAACUGUUCCUCUUGUGAAUCUGAAAAACACUGCACAGUGUGUAGUAAUGAUGUUAGCUAUGGUAAAACAUGUAACAUUCCGUGCAGUGGUGAUUGUAUAAACAAGAUGUGUGACAUGACUGGGAAUUGUCUAUAUGGCUGUAACAACAGUAAAUACGGUAUGGAAUGUGAUAAGGACUGCGCAGAAGGAUGCAGGCUAUGCUAUGAUGUUUUAAGUUGCUUUAAAUGUGAAGAUGGAUGGCUUGGUUCACCCUGUCGACAAAGCCCUAAACAAUGCGGGACAUGUUUUGAUAAUUUACUUGCACCACAUGCCAGGCAGGCUGGACAAAUUUGAAUGCGAACUGUACCGUUGGGGAAGACUGUAUAAGAAAUCCAGCACUGUGUGGAUAGUGGAUGGGCUUGUUAUGUUUUAAUUUUUUUUUUAUUUUCCUUUCAUUUCCUUCAAACUUGUAUGAUCAAGCGAUUUUUGAUGAACAACUUAGUCUGAUAUUUGUCAACAGGGGAUGCUUACUCCUCCUAGGCACCUGAUCCCACCUCUGAUGUGUCCAGGGGUCCGUGUUUGCCCAACUAUCUAUUUUGUAUUGCUUGUAGGAGUUAUGAGAUUGAUCACUGUUCGUUAUUUUCACCUUGCAUUUGUCUGAUUGGCCAAUACCAGGGGCGGAUCCAGGAAUUGUGGUUAGGGGGCGCGCCACUUUAUGAGACUGAGGACCGCCUUGAGGUCCACGCCCCCGGAUGCUCCUGUAUUUUACAGAUUUUAUAGGGCUUGAAAUAUGUCUCCUAGUUAAGUCAUUUGUACUAUGUUCUAUAAUUUUUGAGAAGGUGAAAUUAGUAAAAUGACACAAAAUUUAAGGUUUUUGGAAAAAAUUAAGUUCUCCCAAUAAAGUAAUUCAAGAAAUCAAAA